UCAAGCGCGUGAAAGCGCGCCAAACCCAACUGAUCUCUUGCACAAAUAAAGAUUCACUGCUCUCUUUCUCUCUCUAAAACUACCUCUUUCUCUCACUAACAAACUCUCUGUGAGCAAUGGAGAAACCUUCACGAUCGACGGCUCUGAUUCUUCUCACUACUCUACCGCUCAUCGUCUCAACCGUCACCGCCGUGAUCACAGACCAAGAGCUCGACUCCGCCAUCGCAUACCUCAGAUCCAACGGCUACAAUCUCUUUGCAAAUGGCAUUGCAACCUCCGACCUCCGCUUCCAGAUCCUCGACGGCGAAGCUUUCACCGUCUUCUCUCCCAGAGACUCCGACGUCUUCUCUCUCGACCUUGCCUCCGUGGCUACCGACUACGUCCAAAACCUUCGCCACCACGUGGUGCCGGGAUUUCGUCUCUCCUUCUCCCAGCUCCGCAACCUGUCUCUGGGCGGGUCUCGCCUUGAAACUCUCCUCCCUCGCCACAGCGUCUUCAUCUCCAACCGCUUCAACGACACCGUCUUGAAUGGCGUCGCAGUUGAUGGAGUUCGUAUCUCUGUUCCUGAUCUUUAUCUUGGAUCCAACUUGACAGUCCAUGGACUUGACGGAAUUCUUGUUUCGGAGUUCAGGUCAUCGGAGGAUUCAACCUGCGAUCUAGGAUGUAUGGCGCCGUCGGUUUGGCCUGACAAUAGUCUUCCUUCAGUUGCUCCUCGGGUUGAUGCAAAUUUGGCUACGCCGACGAGUUCGCCGCCGGAGGAAAAUGCGCCAUCUUAUUUUAUCAGCCAGGCGAAUUCGCCACACGGGGAAAAUGUGUCGGGGGAUUUGGUAAAGUCGGAGAGUUUGCCGCCGGAGGAAAAUCUUUCGCCGGAGAUAAUCAGAAAUUCGGGUUCCAGCAAUGGAGGGAAGCAUAAUAGUCAGACGAAGGAAAGCGAAUUUGAAGACAAUGAUGAUGACGAUUAUAAAGACGUCGGACAAGGAAUUUGAUGUGAAACUCUGGAAUUGAAAUUCUAGGGAUAAAUCCAAAAUAUAACGAAAUUUCAGCUGCUUCUUCAGUACUUCUUGGCCAAUCCAUGACCAUGAUUAAACAGACUGGAUAUGGUGUAUGAGAAAACACUGAUUUAUAGAUAUGAUUGUUCAACCCCUUAGUUACAAGCAUGAGUACUCAAAUUAUAGUACUAUAUAACUCAUGCUCUAAUAUCCAUAUCAGUUAUGGGAUGAAAUGGUGGGAGAUGGUGAGAGUGGGAUCCACAGGAUGUGGUGGUGGGGGCAGCGGUGUAGGGGUGGAGUCAGUAGCAUUGCAGUAGCCGCGGAGAAUAUCUUCUUCCUGGGGGGUGAAGCCUAGUGAAGUGAGCAAGGCGGGCCAGCACUGUUGUUCUAUGACGCGGAUGGCACGACAGCAAUUGGGACCAAGAUGUGUCUCACCGUUGAGGAAGAACAUGAUAACUUCACUAGUGCAAGAUUGGAGCUCAAACAAAGAGCCCCAACAAUUCGGGGACUCUCCUUCCAGUCGUAGUCGUGCUUGGAGGCUUGGCAUUGAGACGAGAGGUCGCACCAUGACCAUGGAUGCCGUCGUCCAUGUCAACAUAUAUAUAACUACAAGAAAAAAGCACUUGAAAGAGUAAGCCAUGAGGCAGUGGGAGCUGGUGCCUGUGAUUGUGAAGGAGGUAGAAGGAACUGCUGAUUUAUAGAGGAAGAGG